AUGGACAGACUAUCUAUGGACAAACGUCCUCGACUUCGACUGGCUCACGCUUGUGAUAGAUGUAGACGGCGGAAGAUACGUUGUGAUACAGAGCAACCUUGUGGACCAUGCAAAGCAACCCAGAACGAGUGUACUUUCAACGCCCCACCACGACGUAUGACCAAGCCCAAACCGUCUUUUGCGACGGGGUCAGGACUUGGAUCCAGUGCAGCGGCUGGGUCUGGGUCCGGGUCUGGUGGAUCAGGACCUAAAUCAUCCUCUUCGUCUGGGUUCAAGAGGCCCCAUGGAGGGGCAGGUGACGAAUCUCACAAGCUGGGUACAAAGUCAGCAACGAGUCAGGCCAACCUCGAAGCUAGACUUGCCGCUUUGGAAGCGAUGCUGGGCGAUGUCCCGCCAAAAGUCCACAACAUGUACCUUUCGACAUUGGAUGCAAAGCUCAGCGGAGCUGAUGGAGCGGGAUCAUCCAUAUCUGGGCUAUCGGCCCUUGACCAGGCUCGCCAGCUCCAGAAUACUCUCCACGGGGUCUCAGCCACAUCUGAUCCGUCCUCCUCUGCUUGGCCUGGCGGAUCUCUCGCUCCGACCACAUUGGCUGCAUUCGCCAAUUCUAGAUCUAGGCCACAUGCUGGAUCUGGGAAUCACCUCGAAUUGAGACAUGAUUUCAGAGGAAUGAAGCGGAACGAAGGGGACUUGAAUGACGUGACCAAGAGAAUGGAAGGGAUGAGUCUCAGUUUCUUCUACGAGGAUGAAAUUGGGCAAGCAAAGUGGCAGGGAUCGACCUCUGGUUUUCCACUACUGUAUCGAUUGACCGCCAACGAAGCUGCUGAUUCUGACCUGGGAUCGUCGCAAGCUGGUGUCACUCUCGAGGAAGAGUUCCCAUUCUUGAAUAACGAUCUUUCCCCAAGUCAAGAUACACCUUCAGACGGAGCUUCCGACAUCCAUCGAAUGUCCAUCUCCACCAGUCAUACAACUGCGGGACGUGGCCCUUCACCUGGUGCAGGCACGAGCUCUUCCGGAGGAGGUGGAGGAGGAGGCGGCGGCGGCGGUGGUGGUGGUGGCGGUCAACGUCGAUCAACUUCUCCAUCCACCAUGAAAUCUCGUUUCUUUCCCGAUCGAACACCUAGGCCCCAUCAGACGCUCAACCCUGAAGCCUCUUGGAAAGUUAUAACUGGCGUUAUCCCACCUGAUCUUAUGGAUACGCUAGUCAGAUGUUAUCUCUCGACAUCCCAUCUACUCUGGCCAUUCCUACACGUUCCGUCCUUUCUUGAAGAUUAUGCCAAUCCUCAACAAUGGGGAGAACCCGGAUUCACAUGCUUCAUCGUGGCCGUUUGUACCCUAUCAUCGAGACACGUCGAUGAUCCCCGUGUGAGGGCCAACCCGUUGGAUCCAUCGACGGCGGGAAAAUCAUACUUUGAAUUAUUCAAACGACUUCGAGAUCUUCCUUCGGCAGACAGACCCACAUUGUACUCCAUUCAAGCUGCUUUCCUCGCUGCUAUUUAUGCUUUUGGGCUGGGCAACCUCAGCAAGGCAUUUGCACUCCAGGCGGAAAGUAUCACACUGUGUUUGGACGGCGGACUACACAGGAGCGUCGAUGGGUAUGACCAUUUCGAUGCGAUCGAGAAGGAGACGAGGAAGCGAACCUUCUGGUCAAUCUACUCUUGGGACAAGCAGUCGGCAGCGCUCUUUGGCCGGCCGACCAUUAUCAAUCUCCGUGUGACUGACACGCCUGAGCCACUCGUCGUGGACGACGAGAAUCUCACGGCUGAAGGGAUCAAAGAGAACCCGAGUCCGACCCAAAAUUCAAGGAUGGAGGCGUUUGUAGCGACUAUACGCCUACACGUGGUGCUGGAGGGAAUUCUCGAUAUUGGCUCUGUUGCAUCGUCUUUCCCAGACUCUCCAUUCUUGUCCAAAGCUGCCGCUCACCUCUCCAAACGACAUCCUCAGAUUGAUUCUCUGGAAGAAGAGGAAAAGCUCGUAGAGGAAUGGAGACGUAUGCUGCCAAAGUACUGGCAAUACGACGCGGAUACGACGAAUUCAAGAGACCCGAUAAGGAUCACUCAGGCUGAAAGGCUUCACUGUCUCGAACACCUCGUGAAGAUGCUCAUUUACCGACAUCAGUUCUCUGGCUUUGUUAAUACGCCUGCACCAAAUACGGAAGAGCGGACGAGACUUUUGGACCUGUGUCGAAAAGCUAUGCAGUGUGCUUUGACCAUUAUUGCGGAUCAUGUACAUAUUAGUCAACGUGGCAUGAUGACAUAUUACGGUGUCCAUGUCAUCCAUCAACUUGCUCAAGCUGGUCGGACUCUGGUCGCUGUGGUGCUGAAUUGCCGUAACGCGGAUUUCAGGCCUCUGAUCGCUCCUUCCAUCGAGGGCCUUAAAUCCUGCGUUGGAUUGCUCAGACGAUUUUCUGGACGGUAUCUCUGCGGAUUGCGAUCUGCGGAUAUUAUUGAUGAAUUUUGCAGAAUCUGCAACAUUCCCGUCGAUUCGCCUCGUGUGCCUGAUGGAACGGGUCGACCACCUCCAGCGUGGCUUCGACCGGUUCUCAAACGUACUUCGCCCCCUCCUUCUGGUGGUUCUGACAAGGUUGCUGUACCGGUAUCGAACCCAUUUGAUCGCGCCACUACUCCGGAUAUCAUGUCCAAUCCGUCCGCAAUUAUGAGCAACCAUGGACUCAGCCUAGAUUCUCGAGUCGCUGAUCUGGAAGCAUUAUUCAGUGCCAACACGAAUGAUUUUGUGGAUUUAUCGACACUGGCUUCACCCCGGAAUAUCACUGUGAGACAGGGUGAUCAACCCAGUGACGAAUUCGAUGCAUUCGCGUCUACUUCUUUUGGAUCAAGCUACGAGACGGCCAUGGCGGAAAAUGGGAAUCUCAAUGACACGCUUCAAGGCCAGUGGACCAUGUCGCCUACAACGACAACAACCACCACCACCACCACAACGACUGAUUUCCAAUCGCCCUGGGCUAGUUUGGCCUCUUUGCCUCCCCACAGCGCCACCAGUGGCGUUGGUCUAGAGUACACCACCAUGCCCGGUCAUCCUAAUCAAGGUGGCUUUGGAGGUGAAUUACUCGCGGGUGAAGGGAUGGACAGUGUAUCGGAUGGGCUCCAACGUGGAGGUGAUCAGGGAUUAUCCGCUGCUGCUAUUUUGAGUCUCUUGGAAGAAGGUACUUUUGACUAUGGAUCUGUGUUUACGGAUCAAGCUCCGUUGCCCAUGUUGGUGGAUCAUCCAGAGGAGGAGUAG